AUGGUUGCUCCUUUGCUCCUGUCAGCACCUUCCCUUUUAGUUGCUCCUAUCAGCACCUGCCCCGUGGUUGCUCCUGUCAGCACCUGCCCUGUGGUUGCUCCUGUCAGCACCUGCCCUGUGGUUGCUCCUGUCAGCACCUGCCCCGUAGUUGCUCCUAUCAGCACCUGCCCCGUGGUUGCUCCUGUCAGCACCUGCCCUGUGGUUGCUCCUGUCAGCACCUGCCCUGUGGUUGCUCCUGUCAGCACCUGCCCUGUGGUUGCUCCUGUCAGCACCUGCCCCGUGGUUGCUCCUAUCAGCACCUACCCCAUGGUUGCUCCUAGAAUCAUUUUCGGCGUGGCGACCAGGUCGCCACGGCGAAAAUGA